AUGGGACACGACCCAAGAGCUCCUUUUCAGCCUCAACAGCCAAGUCAUUUGCUGCGUAGACAACGGCAGCUGGAGAAGAAGCAGCGUGCUGAGGUCAUGAAAGAACGUCAAAGAGCACAGAUGGCGAAACCGAAGUUGUUAGCUUCAGCUCGAGAACCUUUCCGAGCACCGGUAGCGGAAUCGUCGUUCGAAAUGUUUUGUUCUCGAGUUAAAGAGCAAUACGUGAAGUACCAGGAAGAGAAGGACAGUGAAGUGAACAAUCUGGGAGCUGUUGUACCCCUCCGUGAUCCACCAGAGCUCUGGCGGGCUAAGGUCGAUUACCACACUGCAUUGUUACGUAACUUUGAUACUACGUUUAAAUACGAUGUUUACAAAGAAGCAGGGCGCAGACAGGAGGUUGCGGUUGAGGCGGAUCUGGAAGCGCAUACAGCUGGUCCGCUCAGUUCCGAACUGGAAGUACUGCCUGAAGCUGAAAUAGACCAGGUAAAGGGAGAUGAGGCUCAUGUCGAGGAAUAUCACGACCAGCGGCUGCCAUCUAGCAGUCCAAAUGGUGCUUGUGAAGAAAAUAGGCAGAAAAGAGAAGAGAGCCAAACCAAUGACGAAAUUGAGCCAGCGGUCCAAAACUCUGAGGAAGAAGACCCCGUUUCUACUUCUGAGGAAGAGUUCGCUUCUUCAGAUGAGUCAGAAAGCGUGACAGACCAAUCAUCUGAAGAGGAUAGCGAUUCGGAGGAUGGCAGCUCAUUUGAUGAAGAGGAAGAGCAGUUGAGCCGAUUUGCCGAGGCUUAUAGAAAGAAUGUAGAUUUUUAUAUAGUUUUCUCUUCGUACUUGUCGUUGCUCAAGAGGAGAUAUCACUAA